AGUGUCAUAUUUAAUUUACAUUUUACAAUGAGUUCAAAAAUUGUUAGUAAUCAUGAAUCAAAACAAGACGACAUGUUGCGUUUACGGGGAGGGUCAUUCCCCCCGUGCCCUCUUUAUCCACCCUACCCCAUGUGUAUGCCACCAUUGGGUUACCAACAUCAGUGUUUUCCCAACAUUCCUUACCAAUGCUUUCCUGCACUUAUGUACAACUCCCCUUUGAGCAACGGCCCUAUAAUAAUCGUUCCGCUUCAAAAUUUCCAACAAAUGCAAACACCCACUGACCAAAUUCCAUCCCAACAAGUCCUAAUAAAUGAACUUUCUCCUGAAGGAAAAGUAUUUUUCCCAGAUGCAAACAGUACGUUUAUCGCCGAUUCAAAUGUUGAUCAAAGAACGAUCGAUCCUAUAUCUGAUAGUCCUUUUGGUUCACCCCCAUUUAAAAGUUCCUUUAACCAAGCACGGCUUCAUAAAAUGUUUUAUCCCCACAUUCCGAAGAAACAGCCAAGGCCAGUAGAAGAACCUAAAGCAGAAGAACCGAAGGAAAUGGUGUUUCAUUCAAUGGCAGAAGCAAAUUGCACGUGCAGCGACGAAUCUGUAAGUGAGGAACACAAUAAUGCGUUGAGUAUUGAAGAAGUAGGAAAAUUGGAAUCAGAACCACCAGAAACUGAAGAAGAAAUUCAACGGCGAGAGAUAGAAGAGUUUGAACGACAACAACAACAACGACGUUUACGGUACAUGCAACAAAUGCAACAACAACAAAUGCAAGAACAAUCGCAGCAACAACAACAAAUGCGUCAACAACAGCAAUUGCAACAACAACAAUUUUCUCCUGAUGAAGAAACCAAAAGGAAAGAAGUUCUAAAACAAUUAUUCUUGUUGGGUUUAGAUAAUGAAUUAAAAGCGAGACAAGCAGAAUUGGUGCAAAACCGUUUCUUAGACAUAUAUACUAAGAAACAUCGACCGCCAAAAAUGAAAGUACACAAUACUUUCAUGUAGCAUCAUAUUUCAUAUAAUAAAAUUUGUCUAAAUUUUUUUUUUUUGUUGAAGUUU